CGAAAGGCGAAACAUGUGGACACCCACUUUCCAAGGGCCGGGCCCCCUGCCGCCCAUGGCCCUCGGUCCUUCCAGGCGUCGCCGGCCUUCGCGCAGAGCUUCCCGGAUUUCCUGCGGCCCGGCAUGCGCUGCUUCGUGCCGCAGGCCAUCGACCAGGAUCCCUACUUUCGGCUCUGCCGCCGCGUGGCGGAGGACUUGAAGUGGCCCAAGCCGGCGCUGAUCCACAGCAAGUUCCUCCCUGCGCUGCAAGGCCACCAGACCAAGAUGUCCGCGUCGGUGGCCUCAACGGCGUUGUACCUCACAGACACCGAGAAGAAGCUUCGGAAGAAGAUCAACAAGAAUGCAUUCUCCGGGGGCGGCAAGACCGAGGAGGAGCAGCGGGCGAAUGGGGCAAACCUUUCCGUGGACGUCGCCUACCAGUACUUGAGGAUUUGGCUGGAGGACGAUGAGGAACUGGAGAGGAUUGGUGAGGAGUACAGCGCAGGGCGCAUGCUCACCGGCGAGGUGAAGAAACGCUUGGGGGACGUGGUGGCUGAAGUGGUGCGCGAACACCAGGAAGCGCGGAAGAGUGUGGACGACGAGGUGCUGGGUCGCUUCAUGGACCCCCGCCGGGAGGAGCUCCAAGGCUGGGCCAAGAAGCCCGCCGUGGCCGCCUGAGCCGCGGGUUUCGGGUCGGCGAAAACCGAGCCGCGCCGGGCGGUGUGGGAGGCGGCCGAAGCGGAUGCCGCGAGGUGAUUUGGUAGCAUCUCCAUGGUUGCGCCAUGGGACCGAUGUCUUCUACGCUCCCCUUAGGGGGCAUUUUUCGCAACGCAGGACUGGGCUCAUUGGAUCCAUCCCGGCCUUGUAUUGCUCAAGAGCAAAGGUCCAGGCGUUCGGGGAGUCCUUGCCAAGCGCGAGAGAGAAAUGCUGACGCCCGCACCAAACUCUCCUUUCUGCAAGGACCGUUGCUUCGCACCGACCGCAUGCCUGGCUCUGCGACACGACCGAAGAGAGCGGAAUGGGGAGCAGCACUCUUCACUUUCUUCCCCCCAAUCCCCAAAUCUUGUGCUGCCUUCCUUUGGCCCUGCGGUCUUCGCACGCCGGUCCCAAUGGUCGCCCUGCUGCCGGCGCUGAACGACGCCUUGUGGGCGGUGGCGGGGGUCAGCACUCCCCGGAGCCUCCGGAGCUUGAGCUGGGUGUCCAUCGGAGUGCACCAGACCCUGUCCCCCGUGGCGGAGCAGAACGCUCGGCUCACCGGGCUGCUGCGGCGCUUGGCGAAGCUGCCGCUGCGGUUCAGCUUCCCCCCGCAGAGCCUUAGUCUCGAGCAGCUGGAGGCCGCGCUGAGCCUGGACCUGCGUUGGCUGCGCUGGCGGGAGAAGGCCGGGAUGCUGGCCGGGUGGGUGCCCACGGAGGAGGAGGUGUGGCGCCUCUCCAAGUCUCAGCUCGCAGCGGUGGUGGCGGCCGCGCGGCUGGCUGGCCCGGGGCUGCUCUUCGGCGCCACCCUGCGGUGGGAGGAGGGCGAGGGAGAGCCGGAGGCCACCAAGCCCUUGGCCUUCGAGUGGGCCGAGGGCCCGGCGGCUGAUCCGCUGCAGCUGGCGCUGAAGCUGCGGCUCAAGGAGGAGAUGUGCCUGCAGCUGGAAGUGACCUCAGGUGGGUGGUCGGACUGGUCGGAGACCUGGAGCCUGGAGGACGGCAGCUUGGAGGCCUCCCUGUGCUUGGCCAUGGCGCUGCCAGGCGAGGGCCACGUGGUGCUGCGGCAGUCGAAGCAGCGCGGCUCCUGCGAGGCGGUGCCGGGAGGUCGCGGCCGCUCGCACGCGGAGACUGCGGAGCUGCUGCGGCGGCACCUCACGGCCGGAGACGGCGUGCUGGCGGUGCUGGGCGUCUCCUCGCUGCGGUACCACAACUCGGACGGCUCCGCGCCGUGCUGGCGGCCCCGGGAGCUACGGCGCCUCGAGGGCCGCGGAUGAGAGUUGAAGAGGGCGCCUGGCUUUCUUUUUCGUUUUUUGCCGGGGG